AUGGCUUCAACUCUUCAGUCUUGGUUACUCGGUUUAACAUUGAUUCUGCUAUGUCUGCUCAGGUUAUCAACCACUUCACCCCCAAUAUCAAUAUGCGCCGACUCCGAGGUGCCUGACAUCAACGCUGUCGACCGUCAAACAGAGGGGGGCUCCAUUCCAUUCGAAGAUCUUUCGGUUUCCGAUUUCCAGCCCAAUUCAAAAAGGCGAAGAAUUACCAUCGACUUCUUUGGUGAUUUAGGAGAUCUGGGCGAUCGACUGUCUUCCGAUUCCGGAACGCAAGCUGACGACGUGGCUCACGUGGAUAUUCCGAUCAAAUCGGCAGACGCAGGUAGCUCAGGUUUACAUCGUGAGUGGAGGGGAUCACCGGUUUCCCAUUCUGCAAUUGAUUGGUCAAAACACGCCAUAGCAGGAACGCAAGAGGGGAUCCGCCCUGUACCCGGAGCACGCCGCAAAAGAAUGGAAGAUGUGAAGAAUAGGAUGGCAAAAAUUCUUGAAGCAUUGGAGUAUUUUCAUCAGCUUGCCCGUGAACAGGGGGUAGACAAAAAGAUCUUUGGUCCACAAAUCAAGAAUACCGACGCCAAAUUGAAUCAAUGGUUUUACGACAUUCUUUUUAAAAAAACUGAGGAUAGCUAUCCACUGUUUGGUCAAUUUGAGAUCAAGUUGACAAGCGUGUUUUCCCCUGAAAACUUGUUCGGCAGUCUCCAGAAAGAAAUCUCAAAAGUAAUAAUGGGCUGGAAAAGACCGAAACUCGAAAACAUAUACGAAGUGGCCCUUUCCUUGUUGGGGUAUUGGUACCAAACAACUGCUUUGAAACUCGGUAGAGCUGACCUCAAGAACAACCCCGAAACCUACUGGAACCUGAUGGCCCAACUAACUGUGGAUCGAUCCCCGCAAGGUGGCCUUUUUUCUGUAGAGUACAAUGAAGGUGAAGACUUUUUUAGCACCAAUUUGAAAAGGUACAUAGUGGAAGCCAAGACUCGCCAUCAAUGGGAACCCUUGUUUGUGUUUCUCAAUUCUCGUCGGGAAAGAAACUUCGGAUCAAGUGUGACCAAAGAUAUCAAGAACCGCAUUGAAGAAAAAUUGAAAAGUUCGGGAUUGUCCCGGGGACUGGAUGCAACAUCUAAAACAAAGAUAGCGGAUGUUCCAAUUUAUCUGAUUCCAUCCCUCCAAGUGAAAGAUACGCCGAGAAUACAGAAAUGCCCAGAAAUACUUGUCAAGAAUGUUAACCAAUCCUGGAAACCUAUCUAA